AUGUUCACUCCUUUCACUCUGGUCGUGUUCCUGAUCUCUCUCUCCACCUUCGCCAGCGCGUUUAGCUUUACUGCUGGGACACCCUCGGAAUGCGACAACCUCAGCAUAUCGUGGUCCGGUAUGAUAUAUUAUUAUUCAUCCUACAUUGUACAGAUGAACACCGACAAUUAUUCUGAUAUCAUCGCAGGUGGAACCGGCCCAUUUCAGUUGUUAAUUAUUCCCGUUUUUGGCACACCUCGCAAUAUAUCAAUCCCUACUACCUCGUUCAGCGGCGGACAGGGAACCUAUGCUCUUCCCCUCGCGUUACCCGCCGGUCAAAAAUUCGUCCUCACUAUGUCCGAUGCAACAGGAUUUGGAGCAGGUGGAACGACAGAUGUUAUGUCUGUAGGAGCGUCCCAAGGAGGGAGCUGCAACACAACUGAUCCAGUAAAUCUCACCGAGUCGUCAGGUAUCGCGUUUGCUUUCCAACUCAAUGUAGCGUUGCAGCAGUGCCGGUCGAUCAGCCCUUUUGUCUUCAGCAGUUAUCGCACUGCGGCUCAACCAGUCGCCAUCAUGGUAGCCGUGAUUCCAUCGGGGACUUCCAUUGUGCUGAACCCGCCAGUUGGAUCAAAUUCAUUCAGCUGGACUGCGAAUAUCGUCGGGGCUACAGAUGACAACACUUGCCUGAACAAUUUAUCCCCGUCUUCUACCUCAAGAGCUCCAACAUCAACGGCUAUAGGAGUUCACUCAACGGCAGGCCACACGACGUCAUCCUCCUCACCUUCUGCCACCCCCACGCAAGGCGUUCCAAUAAGUGCGAUCGCAGGCACCGUUAUCGGUGCCCUCCUCUUCCUGGCUGUCGUCGUCACCUUGGGCCUCUUCUUUUUGAGGAAACGGUCAGGUAGUUUCGAUACAGGAGGUGGCGAUUUCCGGAAGCCUUCGCGUCGACUGCAAUCUGAUGUGGACCUCAGUCACGAUCCCGGUCGGGAUAGUCAUCCUCUCGACGCAACCCCGUACGGAUUUUCUCCUCAAACCAACGCCCCCUUUCGUCCCUAUCAGUCUGAUGCAACGCCUACUACACAUCCAUAUUCCUCAUAUACCAGUGCGUCAUCCACCGCCCAUGAUUUGUAUUCGCCCAGCAGUACUAUCCCUCACGAUGCCGACCCCUUUGCCGAUUCUCAUCUCCCACCGUCAUCACAGUAUCGAACACCGUCGCAAUCCCAUCCUGCUUUUUCGCAGUUUUAUUCGCCAUCAGACCCUCUUGUGGCUGAUCCAUUCAAUUCCUCUGGCCCCCCCGUUCUGUCCAGCGCAGAAUUUUCGCUCCAGAGAUCCGAGCAAGCGCCGUCAACUGAUUCUAUGUCUACCGCACAACGGAAAGCCUCCGUGGCUGGUCUGAACGCAUACAAGCCACAGCGCUUCAUCGUUCACACUGAUGCUGAUGAUAUUCUUCCACCUCCUAAUGACGAGGGUGUGGUGGAACUUCCUCCACAAUAUUCCGAACGCCCUGGGAACGCCACUCAUCUAACUUCGCAUUACAACACUUCACCAGAUUCUGCGGCUGAAUCACGCAAAUCAUAGCAGACAUCUAUUUGUACUACCAUUGCGAAAUUCUCAGGUUUACUAAACUUAUCAUAUAUUUGUUGUGUAUGUCCACGAAGCUGUGCGUGUUGGUCUAGAUC